GGAAUGAAAACCAUCGACAUCUGUGCCUCUGGGGAUUAUUUAUAGCUCAAUAAAGACAUGCUACUACUCAUAUGGAAUAUACUUCAACAGAUUGUCAAGAGUACAUGACUAUAACAGUAACUUGUCGAUAAAAUGCUAAGAGGAACAGUUGCUGGUAGCAGUUCUGGUGGCCCGCCACAACAAAAUAUUGCUGAGAUCAUACAGCUGCUUGAAUCCAACAAUGUGAGUGUUAUCGAAGAAACAACCACACUAGUUCGAGAUAGUCUCAGUUCAACUAAUGAACCAUGGCUACUUAAUGGCCUCACAGACUACUAUAUUGCUUCAGGUAACAUUUUGGUCCGGCGUAUGCUUACUGGUAUCAGGCAACCUCAACACAAAAACCUUCUGGUAAAACUGGACGAAUAUUUACAAAAAACAACUACUCGCUAUGCUGCAUUGAAUCUAUUUGGUCACAUCGUUCGCAAAGAUCCUUCCUGGAUACCUCAAGUUGUACAAUCUCGUGCAUUUGCCACAAUUUUAAAAUGCCUUCAACUAGAUAACGAUGUUGCCGCAUUGACUGUUGCUAUGUACGUUGUAGCCACUUUGCUGCCAAAAGUUCCUACACAGAUGGGACCAAAUUUGAACCAUUUGUUUGGUAUUUACAUAAGACUGGUUUCAUGGAAAACUGUCAGGGGUCCAGAUAUCAGCAAUCUGAAUAUGUCAAAUUUUGAUGUAGCCUUGUAUGCAUUUUUUCUUUGUCUAUAUGGCAUGUAUCCUUGUGGAUUUGUGGAAUACUUGCGGAAUUAUUACUGUAAGUCUAAAGGAAAUGAUGUCAGUCGGGUUACCGAUGCUCAAAUUCAAGUUCCUGCUACCACUGCAGGGGGUGAACAGGUAUUAAUGGAAAAGAAAAGACAUGAAAUUUUUCAAACUCGUAUUCUGCCUAUGUUGCAACAAGUUAGACUUCAUCCCAAUUCGAUACUUUAUACUAAGGAAAUGGAAGUUACUAAUGAUAAAUGGAGGAAAAUGGAAUGCCAUGAUAUUAUGGCUGAGAUUUCUCAGAUUCCUAUAGAAAUCUCACAGGAAAAGGUACAACAACAAUCAGAUGACAAAAUUGUGUCACGCUCGGUGCAGUCUGAUCAAUAUUUGUCACAUAGUCAAAGUAAUGCUAGUAUUGAGUCUGAAACUUACAGUACAAAUUCGGAACCAAGUACUGAAACUACUACAAUAUGGAGUCCGUCAAUGGAGAUUGGUUUAUCAACACCACCUCCUUCAAGAAGUAUAUCACCUACUCGUGAGUUGUCUGAUGAUAAAUCGAAAGCUGAUGUCUCCGAAAAUAUAAACAAGUCCAAGUCUCGGCCAAAUACUCUUGCUAUUUCUCAUUCAUUUAAAGGAAAUAAUUUGUCAACACCCUGUACUCCAACUCAAUCAUCUUUGUCAUUUGAAUUUGAUAAAGGCGAUGGUGAAACAAACUUUCUAAUGGUUGGUUUUGCAGGUUCAUCAGGAGAUUUGAGUUCUACUGGCAGUCGAAAAUCUUCAUCUGGUGACAUUGCCAAUGAGGACAAGACUAAACUUGCAAAAAAUCUUGACAUCUCUAAAAAGAAUGCUCCCGCUAAUGUUUCAACACCCGAAGUUAAACUGACCUUCUCUGAAUCUGCUGGUGAAUCCUGCAUAACAGAUUUUUCACCAGCACUCCUGCCUUCAUCAGAUCAUUUGACUGCCCCUUCGAAGACAGCAAUAAUUUCAACAAACAAGAGUGAUUCUUUAUUUAUUGGGAAAGACAAUCCUACUAUACAUGACAUAUUACAUACAACUGAUUUAAACCUUCACAAAACCCUAUCUGCUCGGGAGUUAGUUGAAAAAGAAAUUCAGCUUGCCAUAAAAAGUGAUAAUGUGAAGCAAAAUACAGAUAUUGAUUGGCUUCAUUUUGGUCAGAGUCGAUUAAAUGAGAAAGACUUGCAAUCACUUGAAGCUGGUUAUCUUCAAAUUCAUUGUGCAUUGCUCUAUGAACAGCACAGAAGACAACAACAUGCAAUUAGAGCACGGAGAUUAAUGCGUAAAAUCUACGAAUCGUCAGCAUUGCAGGAGAGAAAUAAGGCACUUUGCGAUACACUUUCACAGAAGAAUAAUGAAAUUGCCCAGCUAAAAACUAUAGUAAAAAACUUGAAAUCUGAGUAUUCAAAAAAGGAAAAAACAAGUCAAAAUUCACUUGAUACUUUACAAAAUGAUUUGUCUCAAUUAUCAAGUAGGUUGAAAUCUCUUCACGAAGAGAAUAUGAAACUGAAGCACGAAAAGGAAACUGACUUAGCUGCUAUCGCUGCAGCGCAGGAGUCAGAUAAGCAAACACAGGCAGAAUUAUAUCAAUGCAAACUGCAGUUUCAAUCCGAUGCAAAGAACAAAGAAGCAAAUAAAGAUCUUCGAUUACAAGUUGAACGAUUGCAGAAAGAAAUGUUGGUCGUCGAAGAGCUAAGUCGUAAAAUGGAAACAAUACAUAAAAGUGAAACCGAUUUCAAAGUAAAAGAGGUUGCAAAACAUGAAAUGAUGAUUCAAUCGUAUGAAAAAGAAUCUGCUAGACUGAAGGACGAAUUGCGAAAAACUACUGUAACUUGUGAUUACAUGAGGAGCAAAUCUGAAGAUAUGGAGAAAUUGGUCAUAAAAAAGAAUAGACUUUUAGAGGAUCAAAAGAAAUACUUGGAAGAUGUGAAAUCGCUUGCAAGAAGUCAAAUUCAGGCAAUGGAGAGUAAAUAUCAAGCACAGAAGAGUAUUUCUAUGAGGAUGGAAGUACAAAUCAUGGAACUAUAUGGUAAACUUAUUGCUUUAGAGGGUGAAAAUGACAUCACUGAAUCUAUAAGCCAAACUCUUGCCAAACCGAUUCAACCCAACCCCCUCAGUAUGCAAAAUAGAUAUGGACAUUUAUUAGAAGCAAGUCCGGAAUUGAGUCCUCCAAUUAAGCUCAGUAUGCUUGAGGAGACCUCAGUUGCCACCUCUGAACUGGAAGCGAGUACUGGCACAGACCAAUAAAUACCAACAUUUUUUUUAUAUAAAGCAUCUUUCCUUGUUUAAAUUCUCUGGUAUUUUUGCGACUGCCUAAUAAGAUGGAUGCAGUUGACGUAUUUGAAAUUUCUUUUUGAUUCCAAGUUAUCAUUUGAGUUAGCCCUCCUCUGUUAUUAUUUACAGUUAUUUCAGUAGCUAUGAAACUAAUUUCUAAUUCCAUCCAUGGCUAGUCGAAAAGGCAGUUUGGAUGUCAAAAUUGUUUAUUUGAAGAUCAUUCAAAUGUAGUGAAUGCGCUUCAUUCCAAAACAAUGUGUUUGCCGUACUAUUGAUUGCAAGACUUAAUGUGACCCCUUUCUAAUAAAUAAUUACACUGUGACUACUUGAUAAAUAGUUUGACCAGAGCAAGAAUAAUGAUUUGAAACUUUGCAUAUACAAACCAUAAAUAAAACGAUAAGCUCUGCAGUUGACAUGACAUUCCUUCGAAGGGAAAUACCUAUAAUCCUAAAAUUGAAUCUCAAUUUAACUUCUAAUGGGACAGAAAACUUCAUUUAUUUCAUUAUUUACGUUCCAUCCACGUAUUUUCAAGGAGUUUUUGAAUAAAACAUCCUUUCGCCUUA